CCAUCUUCUUCUUCUUCCGUUUUUCGUCUUCGUCUCCCAGACUCCCACAGUCCCACUUUCGAUCACGUCUUCCAUGUUCUUCUACUUUCUUUCGACCACAUCUUCCAUCUUCUUCUAAAACUAACAAGGCAAUUAGAGAUUUACAUCUUCUAAUCGAGUUCUUGAGAUAUUGAGUCAUGGUAACAAGAGAGUGAAGCAUCAGAUUGGUAUGACUAAGAACAUACGCAGGCCUUAGUUUUAUAGCGACUCUGGCUGUAAUUUAUCAUGCUUUCAGCAGUAGAAAGAUCAGUUUAUAGCGCCUCUGGCUGUAAUUUAUCCAUCUCUGGCAUUUGGUCAAAUUCGUCUUCUUGGGAUCACUUAGAUAAGCAGAAGUCGAGAGGCUGAAUGAGCAAGCUUGGAGAGAGCUUAUGGAGAUUCUCUUUGCUAUUACUAUCGUUCGACAUGACUUUUCUAGUAUAUGAUCCUGGCGACAACAACUGUUGCUAUUUUUAUGAAAGUAUGUUUUUUAUGUCACUGAUAUGAUCAUGGAUGGUCAAUGGGAGAAGAAACCAGUUUAUACUUUUUUGGCGACUAGUACCGGUAGGGGCCUGCAAAUUUUGGUGACUAGUACCGGUACGUGAAUCUAUGGCACAAGGAUGCUCUCUAUCUUGAAAUUGUGCUACUGUAAGUCUUCUCCUUCGUUACGGAUGCAUCUCUCUUUGGGCAGGUAGGGGCCUGCAAUUUAUUUGAUAUAUUGUUUUGAAACAGAGCAUACUAAAUUUAUUUGCAACAGAGCAUACAAAGAUAAGAACUAUUACAUGUCUACAUAUCUGCAACAGAGCAUACAAAGAUAAUAACAGAGCAUACAGUUAUUUGCUGGUUUAGAGCCUGCAAGCAAUUUUUUUGAGAAAAUUCCCCUCUUAUAUAUAACUAACUCUAAAACAAAGAUAAGAACUAUUACAUGUCUGAACGUUCGGCCUAGUUGAGUUAGAGACGCAAAGCUUUACAUUACGUCUAGUUUACUUACCUCUGAAAAUACUAAAUUUGUUUCUACUCUUUCUUGAAUUAACCAGAAACACAAUAAGCAUGUAAAUCUCUUGAUCGUUUGAUAUGCCUAUUAAAAACGACCAAUGAAGAGUUAUAUUAUUCUCAUUAUCGUUUGAGUUAUAUUGUGACAGGAAUCUAUAGUCCACUGAAAGUAGGCACAAUUUCGGAUUGCUCUUUGAAAUUCUCAUGUCAUUGGUUUUUUUUAUAAUAUUCAGAAGUGAUGCUACAUGCGAAGAAACUAAUAUGCGGGCAUCUCUUUCAUGUGCAUUGUCUUCGAUCAUGGUUGGAGCGACAGCUUGUUUUAAACUUUAGUUGACAAGAAAAGAUUGACCUAACAUUAACGAUUUCACGAGACAUACGACAAGGCCAGUCCUCAAAGUCUUAGAGAUAUAAGAGAGCUCUGAAUUGUGAAUCGUAAUGGACUCACAUGACUCUUAUGAUGUGAGAUCAAUAGACUUAGAGUCUCAAAGAGUAAUUGAUGCUGCAAAUGCUGAAGAAGAACAACGUAUGUUUGAUGGAGCAGAGCCAUCUAAUUGUCGUAAGAGAGCACCAAUUGAUAUUGAUGACGAUGAUGUUGAACAGGAGAAAGGAAAGACAACAUCAACACAAACGAAGAAGAGAAAGCAUAAUAAGUUUGAUGGAGAUCAAUCCUCUAAAUCUGGUAAAAGAGCUGCAAUUGAUAUUGAUGAUGAUGAUGAUCUACAUGACAAUGUUGUAGGAGAUAAAGGAAAAGGGAAAGCUACAGCAACAGAACCGACAAAGAGAAAGCAGUAUGCAGAUUGCUGGGAGCAUUUUACAGUGGUUAAGAAGACUAUUAAUGGAAAACUUCAAGACAGAGCCGAAUGCAAUCACUGCAAGAGGGACUAUGCCUACAACUCACACAAGAACGGUACACAUUCUUACAAUCGUCAUAUGGAAACUUGUAAGGUUCGGCUUAGUAAAGUUGAUAUUAGUAAGAUGAUGCUCAACUCUGAAGCAAAGUUACAAGCUAGGAAGAUAGAUCAUAUGGUUUUUCGCGAAAUGGUAGCUAAGUGUAUCAUUCAGCAUGAUCUGCCAUUUGCCUAUGUUGAAUAUGAGAGAGUUAGAUCAGUUUGGAAGUAUUUGAACGCAGAUGUGAAGUUUAUUAGUCGGAACACAGCUGCAGCAGAUGUUUACAAGUUCUAUGAGAACGAGACAGAGAAUUUAAAGAGAGAAUUAGCUCACCUUCCAGGGAGGAUUAGCUUCACUUCUGAUUUGUGGACUGCAAUCACUCAUGAGGGCUACAUGUGUCUAACAGCACAUUAUGUUGACAGGAACUGGAAAUUAAACAGCAAGAUUCUUGCUUUCUAUGCUUUUCCGCCUCCACAUUCAGGUAUGAACAUAGCAAUGGAAAUUCUAGAGAAGUGGAAGGAUUGGGGAAUUGAGAAAAAAGUGUUUUCCAUCACGUUAGACAAUGCUACUAACAAUGACACAUCACAAGAUAUUCUGAAAUCUCAGCUUAUGUUGCGGAAUGAUUUGUUGUGUGGAGGAGAGUAUUUUCAUGUGCGAUGCGCAGCACAUAUUCUCAACAUCAUUGUUCAGAUUGACCUGAAAGAUAUAGGUGAUACAUUGGAAAAGAUCAGAGAGAGUAUUAGAUAUGUACAAGCUUCUGGAAAACGUGAGGUAUUGUUUGCAAAGUGUGUUGAAGCAGUUGGUCUACAGUUGAAAGCGGGCUUGAUUAUGGAUGUGAAAACUAGAUGGAACUCAACAUACAAGAUGCUUGAUAGGGCUCUCAAGUAUCGAGCUGCCUUUGGUAAUCUCAAAGUCAUUGAUGGGAGAAACUACAAGUUUCACCCUACAGAAGCUGAAUGGCACCGAUUGAAGCAGAUUUGUGAGUUUUUGGAGCCUUUUGAUGAAAUCACUAAUCUGAUCUCAGGUUCAACAUAUCCAACUUCAAACUUGUAUUUCAUGCAAGUUUGGAAGAUCAACAAUUGGUUGAUAUCGAAUUCACAGAAUCAAGAUGAAGUCAUCAGAAGUAUGAUUGUUCCAAUGAGAGAAAGGUUUGAUAAGUAUUGGGAAGAGGUUAGUGAUGUCUUUGCAAUGACUACAGUGUUUGAUCCAAGGUUGAAGCUAACACUGGUCAAUUAUUGUUUUGAAAAGACCGACAAGGGUUCUGCUGAGAUAAAGAUUAAACAUUUGCGUGGUAAGCUUGCUACUCUUUUUGAAUCUUAUGAGAAUAAGUCCAUUUUCACAUCAUCUUCUACAGAGACACGUGAAACUAAUCAUCAAACUGAUGAGAAUGAAGGAAAAAAAAGGAGUUUUGGCAACUAUGAUGAUUUUAUUAACUUCCGCAAACAAACUGUUAUUACUAGUGGAAAGUGUUCUUUGGAAAUGUAUCUAGAUGAUCCGCCGAUAGACAUGAUAGAGUAUGAGAGUUUGGAUAUUUUAAAAUAUUGGAAAGAUAACUCUCAACGGUAUGGAGAACUAGCGUCAAUGGCUUGCGACCUCCUUAGUAUACCAAUCACAACAGUAGCAUCUGAAUCUUCUUUUAGUAUUGGAGCUCGAGUUUUGAACAAGUACAGAAGCCGUCUUCUCCCAAAGAAUGUUCAAGCACUAAUAUGCUGCCGCAAUUGGUUAAAAGGUUUUGAAGCCUAUGAAAAUGAGGAGGAUGAAGAAUUUGAUGAAGAUGAGACAUUACCUUCUUUCCAGUCAAUUGUUGAUGAUGAAGCUUGAUUUGGUUGAAGAGACAUCUUCACCUUGAGAUUUCUGUUUUCAGUUUUCCAUUUCAGUUUAAUACUUUGGUUUAAUUUUUCAGUUUAAGUACUUCCUUGAUUUCAAUUCCAGUUUAAACAUCAAUCUCUAUUUCUUCUUUAUCUCUACGUAAUUGAACUGGUUUACCAGAAAGUUAUUUUA